AUGUCGACGUCUCUUCUUACCACAAAACCCCAGCCCCAGCCCAAGGCAGCGCCCGCCCGACCAAAGCCCUCGGAAAUGAACUGGCUCAGAUCCCGUCCGGACACAAGCUGGAUCCCCGCCGGCCCGGCGUCGUCGUUCCCGAAUCUAGGCGAAGACGCCGCCAGCCUCAUCCAGCCGCGGCUCUGCGACGCCCAGCUCACGCCGGGGUGCAAAAUUUUCCACGUUCCCAAAGACCAGCCGUCGCAGGCGUCCGAGAUACACGUCUGCCCCGAGAGUCUAGAGUCGCCCGUUGCGGGAGACGAGCUGAGAGAUCAAGUUCUGGUGUUUCGGUACCGAGGGAAAUUCCACGCAGUAGACCAUCGUUGCCCGCACCAGUCUUAUCCUCUAUCGAAUGGGAGCCCGUUCGACAUUGAGGAUUUCGGAGUUGUCCUUAGUGCUGGGCUGUCUUGUCCGAAACACGGCUGGUCGUUUGACCUGUUUACUGGCAUGGCGGACCGCGCCGCUUACAAGCUUGCUGUUUGGGAGGUUCAGUUACGCGACAAGGAUGGGGUCAAGGUCGUGGAUCGCAGAGGAGACGAUGAUGUGGACGCUCGGGAUAGGACGGUAUGGGUGAGACGGAAGCCUAGAAUGGGCUGA